CACAAUUCACAAAUAACAUCUUCUCUCUCUCUCUCUCUCUCUGUUUCCUUUUGUUUUUUUUUUAGUUAUUGACUUCUUCUUCUCUAAUUCUUAAUCAUCAAUGGAAGCUGCAAAAGGAAAUGGUGGUACAGUUCAGCAUGUUACAAAGGCAUCAUCAGAUCAGCUACUGAUGAAGUUUGCUGAGAUGGAUUCUGAAUCAGAAGUUAAGAAGGAUGUCAGGUUAGCUAAAAGAAGGAAAAGAACACUACAAACCAAAGUUGAUGUUUUCGGUGAAAGGAGCUCCCUUUUGCCUCCCGCAGCUUCUCAUAGAUCCGUGGCGUUGAUCAGAAAAGCAAAGCUUAGGGCUAGGAAUCUCAACAACAGAUCCUUUUUGGGUACUAUUGAGAAGACAUGGCGCAGAACUGUACAAGGGGCUUCCAAGGUUUUCAUUGAGAAGCAUUACAAUCGGCAUAGGCGUCUAAUAAGUGAGUGAUACAUAUAACAUAUUAUAAGGUAAAGGUUUGUUAGAAGAAAGUUGACUUUUAACUAACCUCGACUCACUAUAUUCUUCCAUCCAUUGUAAGAAAUAGUUACUACAUUCUUUAUUUCUUUCCUUGUCAAGCUGCUGCUUUUGAUUUGUAGUGUGUCAUCUUGUUAUUUCAUUCUUUAACUUGUAUGCUUUUGUAAUUUUGAUAAACGAAUAACAACUUCUGAAUCAUAUUGAUCAAGUUGGCCUAUGAAAUUAGAAUUAAUGUAUAUGAACCCCAAGUUGAGCAUGUUUCCAGAUUCUCAAAAGGAAAAUUAUGGUAAUAUAUCUGCCUGCGAGUUUUGUGUGGAGAAUUAUUACAGAGGAGGCAACAACGAACGAGUCGAGAGGAAAAUGAUGAUCCCCACAUUUAGGGGAUAGAAGCUAUAUUCACCUAGCUAGAGCAGCUAGAGAGGCUUAUACAACAUUAGGAUCUUAUCAAGAAUUACGAUGCUGCCUGCCAGUUUUCAUGAUGCAACUUGAAUUUAUCAUGUCUGAUAUGACUAUCAAGUUGACAGGGAAGAGUAAAGUAACAUACUCCGAGAACUUAUCAAGGACCAGAGUUGUGGAGACUUUAAAUUGAAGCUUCAAAAUGUUUCUCUGCUGUACAUCUUAUGGGAAGCUUUCAUCUUGAGAUUCUUUAUAAGAUCAUCUCAUCUCAUCUCAUGAUAUCAGUUCAAACGAUCCAUAUUGCUAUUUUAGAUCGAUUAGGAUUUUCCACUUGGUAAUUGAUUCAUUCAGUCAAUAUAAUUGGAUCAUAUAUAGUUGAUUCUUCAUGUUCA